CCCCUCGAGCUCCCGGCUGCCCGCGGCUCCGUCGCGCUCUCCCUUUCUCUUCGGUAGGCUCCACCGAGCGAUGCGAGCUCUGGGAAACAGCGACGCCGUCUCCCGCUAGAGACCUGCCCCCGGCCCGGCCCCUUGCCCAGCCCUGCCCAGCGCGCGGGGGUCGGCGAAGGCGCCGCGGACGCACCGACGGCUGAGGAACAGCGAUGCAAAUACACUAGCAGCAUCCCCUAACUCACUCCCUCCACACCCCGCGCCUCCUCCUCCUCCGGCAGCAGCGGCAGAAGGACCCACCCUGCCCCCCACCCCACCCUCCGCCGGCUCCGGCUGCGACUCCUGCCUCGACUAUUAUUUUAUUUAUUUUGGGUCGUGCACAAGCCUCAGUGCCUGCAGCCCGCGCCUCCUCGGACCGCGGGCGCCUCCUCCCUCGGCUCCAGAACCCCAGACCCCGGCCACCCUCGCCUCGACACCCCCAGAGCCCCGCCAGCUGCCGCGAGUCUCCGUGGCUGGAAUCUUGUUAGAGGCUGUCUUUUUGGGGGGUUCUGGUUUCCCGACAUUUUUGUUUUCAGCCAAGGGGAGGCUAUCGUGAUUUUUUCCCCUUUGAGCCCAGGCUCUGCUUUCUGGGGGGGUGGGGGGCGCGCCGAGCCGGGGAGCCGUGCCAGCCGAGUCGUGCGGGCUGUGGCAGGGAAGGGGCCACCAUGGGAUGUACUCUGAGCGCAGAGGAGCGAGCCGCCCUCGAGCGGAGCAAGGCGAUUGAGAAAAACCUCAAAGAGGAUGGCAUCAGCGCUGCCAAAGACGUGAAAUUACUCCUGCUGGGGGCUGGAGAAUCUGGAAAAAGCACCAUUGUGAAGCAGAUGAAGAUCAUCCACGAAGAUGGCUUCUCUGGAGAAGACGUGAAGCAGUACAAGCCCGUUGUCUACAGCAACACCAUCCAGUCCCUGGCAGCCAUCGUCCGGGCCAUGGACACUUUGGGCAUCGAAUACGGUGACAAGGAGAGAAAGGCCGAUGCCAAGAUGGUGUGUGACGUGGUGAGUCGGAUGGAAGACACGGAGCCCUUCUCUCCAGAGCUGCUCUCCGCCAUGAUGCGACUCUGGGGCGACUCAGGGAUCCAGGAGUGCUUCAACAGGUCCCGCGAGUAUCAGCUCAACGACUCUGCCAAAUACUACCUGGACAGCCUGGAUCGGAUCGGGGCUGCCGACUACCAGCCCACCGAGCAGGACAUCCUCCGAACCAGGGUCAAAACCACUGGCAUCGUAGAAACCCACUUCACAUUCAAGAACCUCCACUUCAGGCUGUUCGACGUCGGGGGCCAACGAUCUGAACGCAAGAAGUGGAUUCACUGCUUCGAGGACGUCACGGCCAUCAUCUUCUGCGUCGCGCUCAGCGGCUAUGACCAGGUGCUCCACGAAGACGAGACCACGAACCGCAUGCACGAAUCGCUGAAGCUCUUCGACAGCAUCUGCAACAACAAGUGGUUCACGGACACGUCCAUCAUCCUGUUUCUUAACAAGAAGGACAUAUUCGAAGAGAAGAUCAAGAAGUCCCCGCUAACCAUCUGCUUUCCUGAGUACACAGGCCCCAACACCUUCACGGAAGCCGUGGCUCAUAUCCAGGCGCAGUAUGAGAGCAAGAACAAGUCGGCCCACAAGGAGAUCUACACCCACAUCACCUGUGCCACUGACACCAACAACAUCCAGUUUGUCUUUGACGCCGUGACGGACGUCAUCAUCGCCAAAAACCUUCGGGGCUGUGGCCUCUACUGAGCCCUGGCCUUGCCACCCAGCUGCCCACCACCCUGCCCAGCCUGCCACCCCACCCCUGCCCUGGAACCAGAGCUCCGCCGCCUCCCAGACCACUCCCUGCCCUGGACAAGGGAGCACCAGCAGCUGGCACUGAGCGGGGAAGAGGAGGCGCCCUCCACGGCCUCCCCCACCCCAGGCACCAGAACACGUGGUAACGGGGCUGGCGGGGGUGCCGAGUGCCCACACCUGCCGAGACAGACGGCUCGCUGGCCUCCGCGCCAUCGCUGGGUGUCUCCCCGGGGAGAGGCGUACGGGGGCCAAGCCGCCGUCCGGCCCAGAAUGGGCGCGCUCUGCACGCGGUGGUUCACGCUUGAGGUCCCAGGGUCCCCUCCUGUCUUCUGAAGUUGUGCAGGUGGUGGGGCGGCGUGCUGGCCGGAGCAGGGGCAGUGGGAGCCACUGCUCAGCUUUUCUUGGGGUCUCUCUGGUCGAGGGCAGCUCCGUCACCAAAGGCCAGGGUGGGACCAGGCCACCAACCACGUGUGGGUCCGGGGGCUCAGGCCUCGGCAGGUGUCUCCCUCCUCCUCCCCCUGGACCUCAGCCCCGGACGCCAGUCCUUCCUUCUCUGGGCCUCCCUCCCUUCACACCUCUGGGGCUCCCCAGUGCCCUCCUGGGGAACCCCCACCCCAACUCCUCACAGGUCUGGAAAUGCUUCUGAGACCGACUUCUUGCAAAGGCACGUGGUAGAUGGUCGGCGGGGUUGAGUCCCGUGGUGCCUGGACGGAGGUGGGGAAGAGGCGGUGGGGGAGGGGAGGCCAGGGGAAGUGGCUCUUGCGUUGACUGGGAUGGGGGCCUCCCACCUGGUCUUUGCAGGCCCCAGGGUGGCUUAUCUACUUCUCCCAUCACCCGGGGCUUGGGCGGCCACUCUGGAGUGUGAGCAGACAUGCUUUUUCUUCCCAAAUUCAUGGCGAAUCCAACGCAAACCAGCUGGGGCAGCAGGGGGCCAGGGGACUGGAGGUUCUGUAGUUGAGGAGACCCAGGGGAGGUGUGGGCACGGCCCCUGUAGCCAGUGUCCCAGCUUCCUUCUGUCUUGGUGAAGAAAUCGGAGAGUUUGUCCACAGCCCUUGGGGUCCCGCCAGCCCCCAGGGGCAGAGGAGGGCAGACGGGCGUGCCCAUCAUACUGUGUGUGCUGUGAGGGGCGCAGCCUGGCUCACACACACACACACCCCCAGCCCCCUCCCCGGACAGAGAGUCCCGAGACCCCUUGGAGGGGCUUUGCUGUAGAGAUCCCUGAGGAGAAAAGGGUGGGGUGACUCCUCCUGGUGACCCAGGCCCUGGCUGACCUUGGACAACGAACACACCUCUUUCUCUCCUGGGCGCCUCCCGUUGGCGGAUACCACCAGCCAACACCCCAGGCAGACCCUGUGUGCUUGGAUGGCAGCUUUGCCUGGGGAGCCAGAUGUGCCCACAGGAGGAGAGGGGCCGCCCCUCAGGGGCCUCUGGCUCCCUCCUCAAGCCCUCUGCUCCUCCAGCACCCGCUCUGGGCUCUGCUCAGUCCCGGGCCAGGCAGGACCCCUGCCCUCCCAGCGCAGCCCCUGACUGCCCCGCAGCCAGGAGCUCUGCGCUUCUUGUUUCCAACAGACCCAGAGCUCUGGGUAGUGCACGGGAGACCCAGGGCACCUUCCCUAGUGCCAAAUGCCUGCAGGGGUGGGUGCCGCUGGGGUGAGCCCCAUCCCCGCCUGGCUGUCUUGCUGUUGCCGCUGGCCUCAUGGGAAAUCACCGGGCAGCCAGGCUGUAGGAGCCACCCCGGCAGCCCAGCUCCAUUUCGGUUUUGCUUGCCUCGUUGUGUGCUGCGCCUCGUACCGGGUGCUGGGUCGUGGCAGAGGACAGGCCCCUGGAGCCGACAGCCUCAGUGUCCUGCACGGGCAGCCAGGGCCAGUCAGGCCAUGUUGCCCGACACUGAAGGCGUAGCAGUUAUUUCCUGGCAGCACCACCCUGGGUGUGGGCAGCUGUGCCCCUAACUCUGCCCUGUGACCCCAGACUCAAAAGCAGCUGCUCAGAAGGGUAUACUGGCCAAGCCCCACCUCUAAGGCCAUUGUCCUGGAGGUGGGGGUCACCUGCUCUCCGGGCCCAGGGCAGCAGCCAGGCUGAGGGCCCCGGGCCGUAGCCCAUCCUGUCUGCCGUGUUAGGAGGCUGGGGAGCGGGGUGCUUGGGGCCUUCCUGCCCCUCCGUGCCCCGGGCUGCCUUUUCUCUCUCAGAUGCUCUGCCCUGCUCAGCUGCUUAUGCUACUCUUGCCCUCUGACCCCGGCCUGCCCAGGGGGUCCUUGGCUGUCUAGUCGAAGCCUCCAAGGAGCAGGUAUCCAGGGUGAAAUUCCUUCCCUGUCCCCUGCGUCUCCCAUCCACUUCGUCACAGGUGGCUCCACCAUGGGGAGGAAUGACUGAGGGGACAGAUGAGUUUUGGCUCCGUCGUGGGUGUGGGUGUGGGGGAGAUGUUAUGAGUGACCGGAAGUGGGUGAUUCUCUUAUCCACAGUGGCCCCAUGUGUGCCCCAAAGAGGCCAUGCUUCAACUCUGCAUGCCUCUAGUUUAUCAGGGCAAAGGGAAACUGAUCUCUAGGAGGGGCGCCUUUACCAGACCCGUGAAACUUAUGCCUGCCAUCUAGAUUCCUGUGGGCAGGUUCUGUGCCCUGCACCAGUUGCCCUCACAAGAGCCAGGUCUUGGCCUUCCCACCAAGAACUGAGAGAGGCCCCCAAGGCUCUCCGGCCUGCCUGGAGGGGGCAGUGCCCGAGGCCCAAGGAAGGGCUCUGUGGAGCCUGUGGACUCUGGCCUGAGGAGGGUGCAGGGUCUGCUCCAGCCCUGAGCAGACAGCGCACCAACAGUUCUGACAUUCUGGUUCUGUGGCCCCCUUGCAUGGAGCCCUAGAUGCCUGGUGCCCUGGCCCUUUCUCUCCUCUCUGGUCCCAGCAGAACCUGAGGACCCAUGGCCACAUGCUCCUACCAUGGGGCGGUGGGCGCAGCCCAGGCAGAAGGCCAGCACCCGAUCUGGUGUCAGGAGGCAGCUCUCCUCCCAGUCUCUCCCCCAAGUCCAGCUCCGCCCCACUGAUGGGAGCUGGAGGCACCCCUGCCCUCCACAACUGCCCUCCCUACCCAGAGCCCCCAUGACCAGGGUCCUUAAACCCCCAACACAGAACACCCAGGAGUCGGCUCACCUAGCUCACCUCUGCCAGGGUGGGUCCUGCAAGGGGAGAGAAUAUCCCACUGCUUCCACCUAACCCUGUGACAGUCUCUGCCCCCUGGUUGACUCUGCAGGUUCUCCUCUCUGGCCUGCGUCAUUCCUGGCUCCUUCCCCUCUUACCUUGGCUUGACCUAGUACACUCUUCAGCCCUCUUGGUGAGUAAAUCCACCACAGUCCGGGCCUCAGCCUCUUCCCUCCAGACCAGGUAGUGUCCUGCCCAGCCCCCUUUUUGAGAAGUCUGGUGCACAAGGCCUCUUCGGGCGGCCUCUGUCCUUCCCUGAGCCUUCCGGAAGCCUUUGGGCACAACCUGGCAGUUUUCAGGAACUGAGGCUUGAGGCUCCAGCUCCGUGGCCAUCAGAGAUUCAGUCUUGGGUGCCAAAAGCCAGCACCCUCCAGACAGCGCCCCCUUGUCAACCCACAAGCCUACAGAGCGGAGGGUCCAGCGGCCCAGAGCAGUGAGACAGGACACAGCAUCCAGGCCAGGAUCAGGGCCCGGGUGUGAGCUGCUGCCCGCCACCACCCGCCCCCAGCGAGGUGAGUCCUCAGCCCUCUUUCCCAGGAGCCAAGUGGGGCCUUCCUUUGCGGGCUCCAGACAGGCUGCACCCCCAACCAGAUGAAGGCCCCCAUCAAGGGAGGGCCUGCUCAGGGCAGAAACAGAAAGAAGGCCCAUCCAGGCCCAGGGUGCCCAGAGCACCAGCGUGAACCCACAGCCCAUCCCCGGCAGAGACAGCCACUCGGAGGCACCACCCCUCCUGUGGCCCAUCUUUUCCUCCCCCGCCCCCCGGCCCCGUCCCCGUCCCUGCGGCCUCCCUGAGCAGCCGGGCCCUUCACCUCCUGGUCCUCUCUGUCUUAGUCCCUGCGUCCUCUGUGCCCAUGCCUCCUCCCCUCCCCGUCCCCGGCAGAGGUGGGCUUGGGCGCCCCUCUCCUUCCUUAGCAAACCCCUCUUAGGUGCCGUGGUCCCACUUCCCAACCCCAGCGCCACCCACCCCAUAUUAACUGUAAUUUUGUAAGAAGAGUGACUCGUUGGUUUAAUAAAUCUCUAGUCAUUGUAAUUUAUUGGCUGCCGUAAUGUAUUUAUUAGUCACCCACCAUUAAUAAAAAGUGCCAGCUUUUUCUAGCAUGAGU